AUGUCUACAUCCAGGAAAUCCGAGAAGUCUGCUGCAAGUGUCCAUGACACGAAUUACCGACAGUGGUUGCGCUAUCGCAAUAUUUACGUCAACCGUGGAGCCCCUCCACCAGAAUUAAUGCGACGGGCAGAGAGAAUAAUAUCACGCUCACGAACAUCCCCCGACAUGGAUGACGAAGCAGUCCAACAGGUGAUCAGAACAAGUCGAAUGAUUGAAGACGAGGUUGAGGAAGUCAUCUUACAGCAGUUGGCCCCCGAUGUCAUUCCCGCUAUGAAGACGCUUCCUGAUGGGCGAUUGGCAUCGAAUGCCAGCCAACUAUGGUGCAAUUGUGUCCCCAUCCCGCUCAAGCCCUCUAUCCUUACGGACCCACUCCCCUUACCCAGGCCCAAACCAGACCGGAUUUUUGGGUAUUCCGAGGAAGCCUUCACUGAGAGCCAGUUGGGGACAAUUGAUCUACUUGUCGACGACUAUUUCGGCCGAAGCUAUGCUAUUCCGGACCAGAAGAUUCGAUUUCCUUUCCUAGAAAUCGAUGUCAUGUCGCAGGCCAAAAAUGGAACUCACUAUAUUGUAACAAAUCAGGCCGCUGGUGCUGGUGCUAUCGCAUUGAACGGCAAUCUAGAACUGAUGCGGCGCAGCUCCGGACUGGAAAAAUUCGAUUACGAAGAACCACUAUAUUUCUCCAUUACUGAAGGACGCCAUAGCUUUCAUGUCGCAGGACUAUCAAAACAUCUUCUGGACGAUGCAAAUGGUAUUCGAGCGCUUUCUCGGGCAAUCAAGAACAUUCUUGACAACGGUACCGACGUCCGGCUGCGAGCACUCUGUGUGGCACUGGAUGCAUACCGCGAGACAGUCAUUCGCGACAGAAACGCAGCUAGGCAGCGGCCCAAAAGUGGAGCACGCGCGCCUAGACCUCAUUUGGCAGACGGCGCAUCUCACUUGGAAGCCGUUGGAAUCAGCCGAACUCCAAUUAACCCUGCACCGACUUUGCCUAGCGGACAGCGAGCCAGAAGAGGAGUAUCUACGCCUGAAGUUCAUGCGGGAGCGGUUACACCAUACGAAGAAGUCAGAACCAGUCGACCACCAGUCGAACCCAUUCGACCUAUGCACACUGAGCAGCGGCCCCAACGCGCAGGGACAGCCAAACGUCGUCCGGCGCAGAAUCCGGUCGACAUUCCCGCCAAGUCGACACCAAACGCGGCCCAAAGGCUAUGGAGUACGACUAAAUGGUUAUAUUUUGGCAUCGGGUGA